UCGUGACGUCAUAUUUAGGUUGGUACCUUUCAAAAUAUAUCUGUCAUUACUUUCCGUUUCCAAACAAACCGGUUUCACAAAGGCGAUAUUUUCAGAAAUGAUAUUUCUAAAGUAUCUACUACCAUAUAGAAUUUGAUAUUGAUUGGUCAGUAAAAUCAGGAAAGUGUGACUGCCCACGUGGACAAUUACGUUGUCAUCACAUGGCAGCAUUGCUGCUUUUUGCUCGAGACAACAUUUCAGUUACUGAUAAGGAGUGUGCUUGGAACAAAUCAAAACAAUCACAAGAGAAAAACGUUAAAAAGUUAAGAGAUAUGUAUCCUGCCAAGCCGCACAGGUCAACUGACAGGAAUUUAACAGAAGAAGAGAUAAAAGUUUUCAAGAACAAGCUUUCUGUUUUUGAUGGUGCUGUUGGAUUCUCUUGGCUGUUAGCGGAUGAAAUAUCAUCAGAAGAAUCAUUCAUUAUUAAUGUGGAAGAUAUUCUUUUCAGCCAAGAGUAUUUAAUAGCACAGAACAGAACCGAGUUUUUUGAAGACAAAAUCAAAUUAGAGGAAAACGAUGCCAACAAAAUAGCUGAGCUCACAAUUGGACAGUCCGAGAAUGCUAAGUGGCUGUUGGCUCGGAAAAAUCGAUUAACGGCAAGCAAUUUUGCAGUUGUAUUGGCAGCCUGUAGUAGGCAGCGUUAUCCUCCCAGUCUUUUCAAACGUCUUUCAGGUGCAUAUAAUCUAGAAAAUAUAAAAGCCAUACAAUGGGGGAAGCUUCAUGAAAAAAAAGGCAUCGAAGCUCUGGAGGAAGCACUUGGUGUUGAAGUCAUUCCCACUGGACUGUGGUUAGACAAGUGUGGCUUCUUAGGUGCUAGUCCGGAUGGAUUUAUAGGAGAAGAUCAACUUGUUGAGGUUAAAUUACUCAUGACUACAUAA